AUGGCGCUGAAGAUCACCGGUAUUGCGGAACUGAAAGACUGUGGUUUGUGGUUGGUAGACAAGGCUGAAGGAGACUGGGUUUUUGAUGAACUGAAAGACUGGCUUGUGACUGAUGGACACACAAGCAGGAAUAUCUCAGAAGGACAUCUAAUGUUAUCCCCGGAUUGUGACAUAAAAGAUAAUGACAGUAUACAGGAUUCUCCAGGAGAUAACCCCAUUACCCCAAUUAUACAUCCAGCUCUAUCAGCUGAUCCCUCUGAUCCUGGGAAAUGUUCUCCUGAUCACUCUGAUAUUGGUGCAUCUGUUACAGCUCUGAGAGUAGAUACAGAGUUUCCCUGUUCUAUAGAUGCCAAAUGUUUUACAAAGAACACAAAGCCUAUUAACCCACAGACAGGAAAGGCAGGUGAGAGGCCAUUUCUAUGUUCUGAGUGUGGGAAAUGUUUUACAUACAAAUCAGCUCUUGUUACACAUCAGAGAAGGCACACAGGUGAGAAGCCAUUUCCAUGUUCUAAGUGUGGGAAAUGUUUUACAUACAAAACGACUCUUGAUGCACAUAAGAGAAGUCACACAAGUACAUCACCAUUUCCAUGUUCUGAGUGUGGGAAAUAUUUUGCACAGAAAUCACAACGUGCUAGACAUCAGAGAAGUCACACAAGUGAGAGGCCAUUUCCAUGUCCUGAGUGUUGGAAAUGGUUUGCACAGAAAUCAGAUGUUGUUAAACAUCAGAUAAGUCACACAGGUGAGAGGCUAUUUCCAUGUUCUGAGUGUGGGAAAUGGUUUGUACGUAAAUCAGAUCUUGUUAAACAUCAGAGAAGUCACACAGGUGAGAAGCCAUUUUCUUGCUCUGAGUGCGCAAAAUGUUAUACUCGGAAAGCACAACUUGUUAUACAUCAGAGAAGUCACACAGGUGAGAAGCCAUUUCCAUGUUCUGAGUGUGGGAAAUGGUUUGCACACAAAUCAGAUCUUGUUAGUCAUAACAGAAGUCACACAGUGGAGAAUCCAAUUUCUUGCUCUGAGUGUGGGAAAUGUUUUACACGGAAAUCACAACUUGUUACACAUCAGCGAAGUCACACAGGUGAGAGGCCAUUUCAGUGUCCUGAGUGUGGGAAAGGGUUUGCACAGAAAUCAAAUCUUGUUAGACAUCAGAGAAGUCACACAGGUGAGAAGCCAUUUCCAUGUUCUGAAUGUGGGAAAUGUUUUGCACACAAAUCAGAUCUUGUUAGUCAUAACAGAAGUCACACAGUGGAGAAUCCAAUUUCUUGCUCUGAGUGUGGGAAAUGUUUUACACGGAAAUGCCGCCUUGUUAUACAUCAGAGAAGUCACACAGGUGAGAAGCCAUUUCUAUGUUCUGAGUGUGGGAAAUGUUUUGCACUCAAAUCAUCUCUUGUUAGACAUCACAGAAGUCACACAGGUGAGAAGCUAUUUUCUUGCACCGAGUGUGGGAAAUGUUUUACACAGAAAUCACAUCUUGUUAGACAUCAGCAAAGUCACACAUGUGAGAAUCCAUUUCCAUGCACUGAGUGUAAGAAAUGUUUUACACAGAAAUCACAACUUGUUACACAUCAGAGAAGUCACACAGAU